AAGAGAGCAGAAAAGUAAAAGUGCGAUCCUCAAGAAUUCGCUACAGAAUAUUCGCGCUAAUGUUCGAUGGGAAUCACUGGAUUAUUGCCGUUUCUGGAGAAAGCUAGUAGUGCGUGCCAUCUAAAGGAUCUGCGAGGAAAAUGUGUCGCCAUCGAUAGCUACUGUUGGCUUCACCGCGGGGCAUUUGGAUGUGCGGAGCGGCUGGCCCGGGGUGAACAAACCGAUGCUCACAUCCGGUACUGCCUGAAGUACGUGCAGCUGCUACUAUCUUACAACAUCAAGCCGAUACUGGUGUUCGACGGGCGUCAUUUACCAGCCAAAGCGGGGACGGAAGCGAAGCGCCGUGAAAGUCGCGAAAAUGCACGCAAACGUGGUGCCGAGCUGCUGCGUUUGGGACGGAUCGACGAAGCGCGGAGCUUCUUGCGACGCUGCGUGGACAUAACGCACGAGAUGGCCCUCCAGCUGAUCCAAGAGUGCCGUAAGCGAAACGUUGACUGCGUUGUGGCACCAUACGAAGCCGACGCCCAGCUGGCGUUCCUGAACCGGGCCGAUAUUGCCCAGUAUGUCAUCACGGAGGACUCGGAUUUGGUGCUGUUUGGAUGCAGCCGCAUUUUGUUUAAGCUCGAUCUGGCCGGUAACGGGCGGCUCGUAGAGGCGACUAAGCUACACCUGGCGAUGGGCUGCCGGGAGGAGCGCUAUCAGUUUGUCAAGUUCCGACAGAUGUGCAUUCUGUCGGGAUGUGAUUACUUAGAGUCGCUGCCCGGGAUUGGGCUUGCGAAGGCCUGCCGGUUCAUACUGAAAACUGAGGAUCCUGAUAUAAAACGAGCGCUCGCGAAGAUACCGGCGUACCUUAAUAUGCGCCAGCUGGUCGUCAGCGAGGACUACAAGAUUGAGUUUUUGAAAGCCGAGGCAACCUUCAAGCACAUGGUGGUGUACGAUCCGAUAGAAAGACGACAGAAGCGGCUGACGGACCCGCUAGAUGAAGGGACUCCAGAGGAGUACUGCUGUAAUGCGGGAGUAUUCUUGGACGAGGAUACGGCGUUCAAUCUGGCGCUAGGAAAUUUGGACCCGUUCUCCUUGCGUCUUCUAGACGAUUGGCACCCAGAUAAAACUACCGAAGGCCAUGGUGCUGGCGAUAUCAAGCGCAGCCGACAUCCGAGCAUUUGGCAGCAGAACAGUAGCAGUUCUCUUGACGAGGAGGCUGGCGAAAAACAAUCGUUACGUACAACACCCAUCAAAAAUACCCAAAAACAACAAACAUUUAUUAAACGACCGCUCAUGAAUGCGGCUUUCGAGGAGCAAGGUACAAAAGAUACAAUCGCGGAUGUACUGCAAGCGUACGGCAUCGAGACGCCAACGGAGCCACCCAUGAAACGUCUCUGUCCCGCUGAAAUUCCACAGUCACCUUCGAUCCGAACCAUUGCAUUUGAGUACGAGGAUGUUAAUGUUCUGGAAGCGAUGGCUCUGUUAGAACGGCAAGGAUCACCGAAACGAAAUCGCAAUCCAUUUGUCGUGGCCACGAAUGCGGCCGUUUCAUGCCGGGAAGCUUCAAAUGCGUUACUUUCUCCUACGAAGAUUACACCGGGUAACCGUUCGCUUCUGCAGAACCUAAGUCCGGUGAAACGUAUCGACUAUUCUAUGAGUCAAACCUCAGGCCAUGAUAUUAAAGUGACUAGCCAGUUCGGAAAUACAGGUACCGCGGUCACCACUAGUCGGUUGAGCCGGUUUAAGCGAACAAACACGACCGCCAGCUGUAGUGGUUCGGCGGGACAAAAGGUGAUAAGCAGAUUCUUCUGCUCUCAAACAUCUGCGGUCAGCAGUUGUGCCGUAAACGACGACGGAGGUCCGAUACGGGACCCAAAAGAGACUACCGUUGAAUCUCCUACAGCGAUUGUUCGUACAUUUAAAAGUAAGCAAGAAACACAAAAGUUAGCCGCCGCUGCUCUGUACUUGCGAUCGCCCGAAGCCCAACUAAAGCUGCGUGGUGAUCGUACACCGGAAAAGCGAAGCACUGGCUGUGACUAUGAAACGGUUGAGAAGGCUUCUCCUUUCGUGGAUGGAGAUGGUCUAGUGACAAAAGUAGAUAGUGGCAUCGUUGUAACUGACGAAGAAACCAAUGCUUGUCUUGAAGGCGACGGUUUAAGUCUAUCGCAAAAAGAGAACGACGAUAACGCAAUGAACACUGCUGUCGAGAGUAGCGAGACGAAAGGACGAAAAACGGUUCGCCUGAGCUUGUUCGAUCGAAAGCAUGUGACAAGAAUCGAACCCGAGGACAAUGAAAUUGAUGAUCUUGCCAUAGUUCUUGACGAUAAAGAUGAUUGUGGUGGAGAAGGAAAAGCAGAGAUCCGUACCGGUAAUGAAUGUGCUAAAACUGAUCUCAAAUUCGAGCAAGGCAAACCUACAUUCACGACCAACGCCAGUAGCCAUACUAGAAGCGAGAAGAAAACCAAUUCCAAGCCCAGCUGCCGCCGACCAGGAUUAUCCGCAAACCGGCGACAACCUUCGAAAGAUGCGGCCGGACUAACGCAGAGUCGGCUAUCCAUGUUCGGUUUCCAGAAAAAGCCUUCAAUGCAGCUGGAAAAUCGUGUGUGUGUCCGUUUCGCGAGAAAAGCCAAACCAGCGGAAUCCACCGAGCUCGGCGACUCCAGCAGCAGCAGCAGCAUCAGCGGAAAUUCGGAAGCAAAUAUGGAUCUGGACACGAUGACGACGACGACGACGACGACGACUGCGGGCACCAAGGAGGCGGCAGCAGGGCUUUUGCCCGAAACGGCCGCCCCUGCUGUGGAAGAAGCCGGAAAGGCCAACAAAAACGGUUCUCCCGCUGAUUCGACCGAUCGAUUGACGAAGGAAAAGGGUAGCGAUUUGCCUGCUAAAGGUAGUGACGAUGCCGCUUCGGUCAAGAAACCGGCGGAAAAUAGUGCUACACAAUCCAGUGCCGCCGCUCCUGCCGGCUCGGCGCAACCCACAAAACAGGAGGGACUGAAAAGUCCCGCAAAGGAAUCUACUUCCGGAACUGUGGAUCAUGCUGCAAAUAAACCUGAACCAGCACCAGCUGCUGCCGGAGUCAGUGGCGGUAGCGUUCAAGAGCCACAGGAUGAUGAUCUGGAAAAUGACGAGCUGUCGAAGAGAUUGGAAGCAAUGGAAAAGGGCGAGGAUCCUAUAUUAGAGAAAACAGAUCAGACAACGGAAAAAGCAGACGGCAAUCAUCAGAAUGGUUUGAACGAAAGGGAAGCGGACAAGCCUGCGGCUGCUAAGGAGACGGACACAAAGUCGAUCGAAAGUGUAACCAGUGCAACCAGUAGUGCUCCAGCAGAGGCAAAGUCCGCUAACUCGAUGUUAAUCGAUGAUAAUGGAUCAAACACCGCCACUGCCACAGAUGCUGUUACGUCGAACGCCAAGCGGAAGCUGUUGGGCGACGCUCUGGGAGCCAAUGAGCCGGAGACGAAAAAGGUACACAUCGCGGAUGUGACAGAUAGCAGCGAGAGCCCGGUAGCGACGAAGAAAUCAACUGAAUCGCCACAACCUUUGCCAAUCGAAAAAAUACAAACGAAAGAUCUGGCGGCUCACGCAACAACCGCCUCACCGCAAGUCGAGAAGCCUUCAUCAGUGGAAGAUAUGGAAGUGGAUGGUUCGCCAGAGCCGGAAACUUCAUCGUCGAACAACGUCGAAACACUUCCGGAUACGGAACCGAACACCGAGCCGGAAUCGGAAGAUAAAGGGGAAGAGAUCAGUUCAUCAGUUGCAGAUCAGCCGAUGAAGCAGGAAGAGGAUGAAAGCACCAACUCCAACGUGUCCAGCUCGGACGAUAAACGUGAGGGUGGGAGAGAAGGGAAACCUAAGCUCGCCGAAAGCGAGGUAUCGGCAUCCGCCGUGGCCGGUCCUUCGGAGGAUGAGGCAAUGGAUGUGGACGAAGAUGAAGGGGAUAUGGCAGCCGAGAGUAGUACCUCGGCCGGUACAACGGUAAAGCCCGUCCCGGUUAUGGAGCCUCCAUGUAUCAAGAAGUCCGCAUAUCUAUGUUACGAUAAGGACCAGCAGCAGCCGACGGUCAGCGAGAAAUCGGCUGAGGUGAAACCGGAAACGGCUUCACCGACUUCAGCAUCAUUGUCGGAAGGUAGCACCGGUGGGGGGUCCUCUGGUGGUACAUUGGCUGCGAGCACGUCGCAAAAGAUUGAAGACACGAUGGAAGUGGAUUCAGCUUCUAAGGCGGCGUCGACUCUCACGACCGAACCUGCCGAGUCCGCCAAAGACGAAGCAGAUAGUAGUCUUGCGGAUGAUUCCAAGAAGCAUUCUGUUAAAGUCGAAGUAUUAGGUACUGUGAAAAGGGUUGAUGAAAACGUUGUCGAAAGCUCUCAACCGUCAUCCAGCAGCGACACUAAGAAACAAUCAUCGGACAGCAAGCGUGUGGACGAUCAGUUACGCGCCGCUGUGCAUCGUAGUGCGCUGUUGGCAAAGGCAAGCAGCACGCCCAACAGUGGCUCCGCUUCUGCUCCGACAUCUUCGAAUCCUACGACACCGAAUCCUCCAGUUGUAGCAUCAGCAGUGAGCUCCUCGAACGUGUUUAGCUCCACUCCGAUACAUGCCAACUUUGAAUGCAAACCGGUGACCUCGGGAAAUGUGAGCAAAAUUACAAACCCUCCUUCGUCGGUCGAAACGAGCCGCAUUGAAGCUGAUGACUCCACCGAGCUACUACACUCUUCGAUUGCUGUGGUCGCCGGAAAGGUUGAAGAGAAGGAAAAGGGCAAAGCGAGUACGUCGCUGGCCGCCUCAACAACGACGUCCGCAGGCAAAGCAUCGGAUACAACGCCUACAAAAACCGAAUCUGCCUCCUCGACAGCAGCUACUGCUUCCACUUCGGCAUCACCCAGCGUCAGACAAACGCCACCGAAAAAGGAUCCGGCAUUGAAACAAGAACCGCAAUCGCCCUCAGACAGCAGUAGGAGCAGCUCCAAAACAAUUGAUUCAUCAGAAGUGGACUCUUGCACAGUGGUUUCGGCAAUGAACACUACCGAAGAAAUCAACCUGUACAAAAACAAUGCAAAGAAAUUCAACGGUAUAUCGUCGACUUCAUCGGAUGUCUCGGACCUGGACGUACCCAAACCAGCUAUUUUAAUAACUUCCAUCGAAAAGUCGAGCCAUGUACCCACGACCCCUACGACUAGCAAGCAGUUAAAUCUCUCCGAGGCAAUCGAAGUUACUACUUCUUCCGAACAGCAGUAUGAAGUGAGCGUAUGGUAUGAAGGUCAGGAUCUUCAAUUUCUAUCGAUUGAGAAACUGCACGGUAUGAUCAAGGGCCAUACGUCGUCGGCAUCGGAGGGGUCGACGAGUGUUCCCGCCGGAAAUACCGCUAAGCCACAUGAUAAUGUAUCGUGCACUGACAGCUCCGCAAAACAGUCCUCAACUGCUACCACCAGUACGAGCAAUGGCAGCGUAACUAGUUUGGGCCCGUUCGCUUUACCCGACAGCAAACUCCAGGCAUCGAACGCCUCAUCGGACAGCUCUUCUACUUCAUCAGUCACCCUUAACAGUCAGCAUGGGUCUAGUGCAAAGUUGUCUCAGAGUAGUCUACCGAAAGUGAAGCAAACUGUUACGGGAUCGGUUGAGUUGUGUGAUCUGAUCAUCAACGAGUUCCGCAAACUAAAGCGAAAGCUUCAACCGGAUCACACGGAAAAUGAAGAGGUUUCUCGAAUAGACGAAAGUGCACAGCAACAGCUCUCAAAAACGCCCAAAACACCGGCCACUGGUCGAGGGCAGGGUCGUAAGGAAUCGAGCGUGGCUAAGAAAAGUGCACCACGCGGUCAAAAGCGCUCGAAGCUAAUGCAAGAUAGUGAGGAAGAGGAUGAGCACGACUAUGGAGAUGAUGGAGGCGAUGCUCGUACACCGAAAGCCGGUACCAGUUCAUCGGCUAGCAAGCAGGCAGCAAAACGAUCGAAGCAAGCAAUCGAAUCGCCCUCUGGGUCCUCCGCUACCGCAACAAAGGUGGCAGCUUCGGUGGUAAAGAGUCCGGAACCGAAGCAAUUCGACAUCUGCUGUCUAGCAAGGUGGACCGAUCGAAAGUACUACGCUGGACGAGUGACGAAUCAACGGGGGGACAAGUUUGUCGUCAUUUUUGAGGAUGGCUGCUCGAAAACCUUGUCUCGGGACAUUAUCGUGUUCGGCGAGGAAGGCGUGCUUCCAAUUUUGAAUCACUCCAUCCACGCACUCACCGGUGGUGAUACGUAUGAGCCAGCGAUCGUCGAAGAAAUUAAGCGCAAUGAAGCAUCCAACGAUGUCAUCUAUUGUGUACGGACUGCUUCGAGUACGCUGGAAAUUGCUGCCACCGAUAUCUAUCUGACCGAUGAGCAGGCGAAGUGGAUACAUAAUGCCUGCAAAGAUAAACCGGAUCCGAUAAAAAAGCUUUUGUCGGAUACAAGCGCUGUUGCAAAAGGUGAUGACAGCAACGCUGGAUGUACGGCAACCGGAGGAGGUGCGGUGGUGCACACAACAAAGACGGAUGCUGCCGCUGUGGCUGCCGCCAUUGAUGCAGAAAGUGCAUUGGCAGAUGGAGAAAAAGGUUCCAGGUCCACACGAAGCAAACGUACAACAAACGACAAACCGAUGACACCAGGAACCCCGGAAGCAGGCUACUCGGGAGGUGUUGGUAAAAAAGGUCGCCGUGGCCGAAGGAAAAUUGCGCCACCACUCGAUAUGCUUGUAUCAGAAUGUAGCGACGGCGGCUCGGACGGCUAUGAUGAUGAACAACCAGCUGCACCGAGCCCAGAAGCAGGUUUGGAGGCGGUCGACGGUGUACAACCCGAAUUGCAACGCACCGAGCAGGAAUCGGAGCUUGCCAUGAUGAAGGUGUUUGGAGAGUAUUUCGGAGAGCAUCGUAAUGAUGCAGAAGAGGUACUCCAUGAAAUUCUUGGUCCUAUUCCCAGUAAAUCGAAGACCUUAUUCCGCAACAAGCAUUUUUUGCUAAGCUGUACUAUCCCACCGAAAUGCACAUCAAUUUGUAAUGGCUUCAAUGGAGAUUUGAACAAGAAUUCCUUUAGUGCAGUUCCGUAUUUGAAGCGACAUUUGCGCAAGCAAAUUGAAGCAGGUGGAGGAAAGGUGUACCAAUUCUUCGAGGACGUACCUAAAAGCAAAUACAAACAGUGCAAACUUAUAGCACCCCGUCCUUCAACAACGGCCAAGUAUGUACAGUGCUUGGCGAGUGGUAUUAUGGCAAUUUCACAUGAGUGGAUUAUCGAAUGCUGCCAGUCGUUAGUCCUGGUCGAUCCCAAGCCUUACACACUGCCCUCCGGGUGGUCUUUUCUAGAGCAACGGUACAUGGACUGGAGAGGAGAUUCGGUGAAAAACAAACGAUCGACUGCUAGUCCCUUUGCAUCGGUGGCGAUCAAUCUGGCGAGUUUAAACAAAGAUUUCAAUGAUUUCUGGAGUCGAGUGUGUAAGCUCGCAGGUGCGACUGUACGGCUAAUCAAGACGGAAGCCGACAUAACCGAGAACCUGACCGGUUAUCUGUUAACCGACCAAGAAUUUCCUGAGGAAAUCAAAAUCAAAGCUAGUCGUAAUGGGCUUCUAGUUGUCUCCACCGUUUGGGUAGUACAGUGCCUGAUUAAUGGUGCAGUGUGCCAUCCCGACAGUCACGAAAAGCUCACCCAGAUUUAUCAAGAGGAUGAUUACUAGCAAAUGUGAACUAGGGCAAUUCGGUAGUUAGCCGUUCAGUGUUACGUCUGUUUCACUUAUUGUAAAUGUUGCGUUGUUUAUGAAGAAUGAACGGGGAUGGCCUUUUGCCAUUUUUUGUUCGCACUGAAAUAAAAUAAAUAGAAACUUGUAAUCGCGUUGCUUUACCAUUUUAUAGGUCAAGACGAUGUUGAAUUUGAAUUUGAACUGAUCCUACCCCAUUGCCA